AUGUUGUGCCUGAGAGCCCUGCGUCUGUCCAACUCUGUCCAACUGAUCGUCAGACACACAGAUGCGGCGAAGAAGGUUUUCAUCAUCCAGCCAGCAUGUUGUCUGAGCACCAAGUCAACAACGACGUCCCAGCGACCGCCGCCAACACACUUGGAUCCUCAUCUCAAAAUGAAUGUCCAUUCAAAGUCUCCCAGCUCUGGAGUGGAAGACAUGCUGUUCUACACCAUCACAGAGGGAAAAGAGCAAAUCCCCAUGUCAUACUUUAUCUCUGCCCUGAAGAAAACGGGUCUCCACCCGUCAGACCCUCGUCUGAAGGACUGCAUGGAGAAGUUUCGACAGGCUGUGAGGGAAUCUGUUGGUGAGGUGAUGAUGGACAGAGAUCUUUUCCACAGGUGUGUCGGAGGAAACAUCGUCCUGCUGAUUCAGGCCUUCAGAAAGAAAUUUAUCAUCCCCGAGUUUGACGUGUUUGCACAGAAAAUAAAUGAAAUCUACAACACGGUGCAAAACCAAAGUGAGGGGAAGGUUGCAGACUACAUCCCCCAACUUGCUAAAUUUAAUCCAGAACUGUGGGGUGUGUCUUUGUGUACGGUGGAUGGUCAGAGGCACUCAGUGGGCGACACCAAGCAGCCGUUCUGCCUGCAGUCCUGCGUGAAGCCCCUGCAGUACGCCAUCGCCGUCCACGAGGCGGGAACAGAGAAGGUUCACCGCUAUGUCGGCAUGGAGCCCAGUGGACUCAAGUUCAACAUGCUCUCACUUGAUGAUGAAGAUAAACCCCACAACCCCAUGGUAAACGCUGGAGCCAUAGUGAUCAGCUCUCUUAUCAAGCCUCGUUCAAAUAAGGCAGAGAAGUUUGACUAUGUGAUGGAGUUUGUGAAAAAGAUGGCAGGCCAAGAGUAUGUGGGAUUCAGCAAUGCCACGUUCCAGUCAGAAAAAGAAACAGGCGACAGAAAUUUUGCCAUUGGAUACUACAUGAAAGAGAAGAAGUGUUUUCCUCCGGGAGCAGAAAUGAUCGAUGCCUUGGACUUCUACUUCCAGCUUUGCUCCAUCGAGGUGACCUGCGAAUCAGGAAGCAUCAUGGCCGCCACUCUGGCCAACGGAGGGAUCUGUCCAGUCACAGGCGAGCGUGUCCUGAGCGCUGAGGCAGUGCGAAACACUCUGAGUCUCAUGCACUCGUGUGGCAUGUAUGACUUCUCUGGCCAGAUGGCCUUCCACGUGGGUGUGCCAGCCAAAUCUGGUGUGUCAGGUGCCAUACUGCUGGUGAUCCCCAAUGUCAUGGGAGUGAUGUGUUGGUCUCCUCCUCUGGACAGAGUUGGAAACAGCGUUCGGGGAAUACAAUUCUGUCAGGAGCUCGUCUCAGUCUUCAAUUUCCACAAUUACGACAACUUGCGGCACUUUGUCAAGAAGCAGGACCCUCGCAGACUGGAGGGAGACGACAGGAACAAGUCUGUUUUCAGUUUGAUGUUCGCCGCGUACAGUGGAGACGUGUCUGCCCUGAGAAGGUUUGCUCUCUCAUCCAUGGACAUGGGCCUGAAAGACUACGACUCUCGAACAGCGCUACAUAUCUCUGCAGCAGAGGGUCACAUAGACGUGGUGAAGUUCCUCACUGACACCUGCAAAGUCGAUCCAUUUGUAGAAGACAGGUGGGGGAACCUACCGAUCGAUGAUGCUCUGCAGUUCGGACACGAUGAGGUGGUGAAGGUGCUGAAAGACUACCAGCUGGUCUACAGGCAGCAGGAAACACAGAACACAGGGGCUGAGCAUUCCUUGAAGAUGGACCCCAUCGAGGGCAUGGUGUGAUGCAUUUCAAUCCCCACACCGCAACAUGUUAGGGCAUUUGUGCAAUCUGUCAGGUUUGGAAAUAUGAAGGUCUAGUUGUAGCACCUGAAAUGAGCGCCAAACAAAGAAGAGAAUAUGACUGUAUGAGUCAGGGUUUCCUACAGCUUAAGGCAAGUUAGAGUUAAGACUUUUAAAGUCUUUUUUAUUGCCACUCAAUAUAAAGUGUCAGAACAAUUUUACGAGAUAAAAUUGGAUAAAAAGAAGAAAUGGCAUCAGUUACAUAGGAUUAGGGACAAUUUUGCCCAAAUUUAUGUAAGAUAAAACCUCACUUUUUUGGUCCAGUAAAACGUUUGAUCAGUGGUUCCCAACUGGUCCAGUGACACGGUCCAGAUUUCUCCCUAGUCAAGGUCCACACAGUUUAAAAUAUUCAGCGUCACACUUACACUCACAUACACACUCACUCUACAGUAGGGAAACGACACUUCAAAAUAAAAGCUCUGUGUCUCAUGGUACAUAAAAAUAAAGUGUGUUUUUUCCAAACAUGUCACAUUUGUUAGUCACCUGUGGUCCAUUUAGAAUAGAACCGCGGCCCACUUUUGGACCACGACCCACCAGUUGGGAACCACUGCAUUAGUUGAUCUACCUCAAAUGUUCAAAAGAAAAAAAGUAACACUUUCCAGGCAUGCGAUUUUGUGUUUGUCACUCUGCAUAUGAGAUUCCACUGCCUUGAUUCCCAUUGUGCCGUGUUUUAAGAACGUCUUUGCAUGAAAUACACAGAGCCAAUAUGCAUUGCCUUGAACCACUUUUAGCCACAAAAUCUUAGCCAAUUUUCAUUAAAUUUGCACCUCCCCAUCUCAUCCAGGGUACAUCAACAGCUGGGUAGCAGACAGUGGAUGCUCUGCUCUGAGCACCCCAGCUGGAAACAAAAUGUUCUACGUGACAUAAAUGCAAGAGGCAUUUUUUAAAUUAGUUUAAUUAUUUUGAGAUUUUACAAUGCAACGUCAUCAAAAACAUUUCAUAGAAUCUUACUUUCUGUUUCUUAGCACUUUCAAGACUUUUGAAUGAUUGAUUUAAAACAUUUUAAAACCAAUUAAGGCCUUGUUUUUUAAACAAAUGAAUGCAAUGCCCUUUAAGACUUUAUAAAGAUCCACAGAAACCCUGGUGAAUAUGAAUUACUAUGUAAACUGCAGAAAGGGAAAGGAAACUGUUUGGAAUAUGCAAAUAAACUAGACAAAAAUACAAUUUAAACAAUAGGCAGAGUAAAGACAAUAACACCAAGCCAAGAAUACAUAAUUUGUGCAUCUGUGUAAACAAUAACAAGCUGCAAACAGCCUCAUUUCAAUUUAAGAAAAAAAGCUGGAAUACAUCAUCAACCUGAACACAGUGUACAUGUAAUGUAAGAUUCAUGUAUAUGUAACAAAAGGGUCUCUGUGUCAUUGAGGAGGGAUUUGAUAAACUCCAAAGAUGGAUAUUUGUACUUGCAAAGCUUCACAUAUUUUACUAUCAUCAGUUUUUAAUAUUUAAACAUUUAAAUAUAUGCAACUAUUUGACUUGUUUGGAUGAAAAAUCUCAAAUUUGACGUAUUAUCAAUGAGGGAAAGGGGAAGGCAUUGUACCCAGUAAACCUAAUGUAGGAUUUAUUGUAUAUAUUAUGUUCUGUGGCUGUAAAUAAGAGCACUGGAUUCCUAAUAACACUUUAUUGUACACAGUGUUGUGACAUUUAUGCACAUUUUAACUGAUUCCAGAGAGUGUGAAAUAUUUUGACACUGACGAAAUCCAUUAAACAUAUUUUGUUUAUCUGCCA